AUGCCGUCUGCUUCCAGCAUAUAUAAGCGAACGGAGAUUAUUGGCCGGGGUAAGUUUGGAGUAGUCUAUAAAGGGUAUCAUAAACAAAGCAAGAAGGUUGUUGCCAUUAAGGUAUUGAAUCUAGAUACUAAGGAUGACGAAGUAGCCGAAGUUCAACUGGAGAUCCAGUUUCUUACGGAACUUCGAAACGUUCCUAAUGUCACCCAUUAUUAUGGUUCCAUUCUAAAUGAUACUAGACUAUGGAUCAUUAUGGAUUAUUGUGCUGGCGGGUCUGUUAGAACACUUCUUCGAGCUGGUGUAUUUGAAGAACGGUAUGUGGGGGUUAUCUUCCGGGAAGUUCUUACUGGACUUCAAGCUGUUCAUAAGUUAGGGGUUAUUCACCGAGAUAUUAAAGCGGCCAAUAUUUUAAUAUCCAAGGAAGGUAACGUUCAAUUAUGUGAUUUUGGCGUAGCAGCUAAAAUCCUGGCCAAUUCAAUGAAAAGAACAACUAUGGCAGGUACAUUAUUUUGGAUGGCACCGGAAGUUAUUAGAGAAGGUGAUACAUAUAAUUCCAAGGCAGACAUAUGGUCAUUGGGUAUCACCAUGUACGAAAUCGCCACUGGGAACCCACCAUAUUGUGAUAAAGAUGCUCAAUGGGCCAUUCAAAUGAUUUCCAAACUGACUCCACCAAGAUUAGAAGGCAGAGAAUAUUCUCCUAUAUUGAAAGAAUGUAUAGCCCUCUGUCUUGAUGAAAACCCAGAGGAAAGACCAAGUGCUGAAGAUCUAUUAAAGUGUAAGAUUGUUAAAUCCUACAAGAAUUUACCAUCUUCUAUUCUAAUGGAAGUUAUACUGCGGUAUCUUUUAUGGAGAGAUAAGCAUUCAUCUCGAGAAUCUGUGUUUGUUAACAUUGAGGACGAAGCUCAUCAAGUGGAUGAAACCAACAACAAUAAUCAACAACUUCAAGUGAAAUGGGAUUUUGAUUCAUUAUCAAGCAGAGAAUAUAUUGUGGAGAAUGAUAUCGAUUUGGUGGAUGAUCAUGACCAUAAUAAUGAUAAUUAUAACACUCAUCCCACUUUUGGGUUUGAGACCUCAAACUUCAGCAAUAUGAAUACUUUAACGGGUACUGCCGCAUUCAACAAUAAUGUUAACUACAAUAUUAAUAGCAACACAAUGACAGGAAUAGGUGGUGGUAGUAACAACAGUCAUAGUCAUAUCUCAAGAUCAACUUCAACUGCUAAUAUUCCAAAAUCACUUGCUCUGCUUUUUGAAGAUGCAGAAGCAACCACUCCAACGGUCACAGAAGCUCCUGAAUUACCUUCUCAUAUACGAUUGGAAUCUCCAACCAUAGAAAUCCCAGACAUGGACAAUAUCUCAUAUUCAACAUCUGCACUACCAUCAACAACUACCACUAGUCAGCCACCGGUGAAACCAGCAUUGGUAUCAACAGUUUCUGCUCCACUGCAUCCUGUGUUAUACAAACCUCCACCAUUAUAUCAUUCACAAUCAUCGCUGGCAUCACUUGAAGGCGGCUCUACACGAAUUGGUAGGACAAGAAAGAAGACUAUACUGAACACAUAUUCAGCAACAUCAACUGCCACUGGUUCUACUUCUGUUGGACCUAGCUCCAGUAUGAAUCAACCACAUACUCCUCCUUAUACCAUAGGCUCUAAUGUUAGAACGCCAUCGCCCAAACCUCCUUCAGUCUCCAAUGUUUUAACCAGUUUGAAUAGCACCACCUCUCCCUCCAAAUCCAUGAAGGUCUUACAAAACAAUUCUAAUCCUUUAUUGCAGCCUAUUAACUUGAAACCUUCAACCACAGCAUCAAUAGCUACCACCACUUCAGCCAGUACAGCUUCAACUGCUUCAUUGGCUUCGAAUGGACUGAUCUCUACUGCUCAAACUACCACUACAGCAGCGACCUCCUCGGCUCCUUUAUCUACUGGAAGCACACCCACUAAUGUACCUGUCAAAGCAAAAAGAGUGAGACCAGGCUUACAUAUUCAAAUGCCAGUACCCUCCAACUACUUUACAAAUUUAACUGUUCUUAAUAGCCAGGAAUUUAAUUCCAAUACCAUUACUACUCCUCAUGGAACAGGACACCACGAAGAUGUUAACCAGUUUGGAGUUAACAUUGCGCUGGCUCAAGGUCUAAGUAUGACACCAUUAACAGAAAGAGAGAUUGUAUUGGGACCUACUGGACCUGGAACUGGACCUGGACUUGGACCUGGACUUGGACCUGGAUCUGGACCUGGAUCUGGCACUGGCACUGGCACUGGCACUGGCACUGGCACUGGCACUGGCACUGGACACUCAGAUGAACGUAACGGUCCUCCUAAUUUAUUUGCAUCAAACGAAGGCUCAGGCUCAGGUUCAAGAAGUCAUCCAAGCUCUAAGAAGAACUCUCUUAGUCAAGGCUCAGGAGCCACCAUGGCAGCUCCAGGAUUAGCCACUGCUACCCCGACAUCGGGACAGCUGUCGGUAUUUCUUUCUAAAGCCUCCACCAGUGGCUCGUCUCCAACCCCGAACCUCAGUGGAACAAGAAGUGGCACGACUACAACCACCACUACGACUAAGUUCCCUCCCUUGCCAAUUAUUGAUGCUGAAAUCUUUUCUGAUACUACGCCCAAGGUUAAGUUGGUCAACGAGUUGGAGACCAUGGUCAAACUAUUUAGACAAGGAUUGGAUGCAUUAGAAGAAGCUCUUUAG